AUGUCUCAUUUUACCCCUGUCAAUCAUCUUUUUCUCUUCCAAAGGUGUCAAAGCUACAUAGAACCACAAAAUCUAACCAGUGUCUCAGCCUUCUUUCUCAUGGGGCUCUCAGAUGAUCCAGAUAUACAGCCCCUCCUGUUUGGGUUGUUCCUCUCCAUGUACCUGAUCGCUGUCUCAGGUAAUAUCGUCCUCAUCAUAGCUGUCUGCUCAGACCCUCACCUCCACACCCCCAUGUACUUCUUCCUCUGCAAUCUGUCCUUGGCUGACAUCUGCUUCAUCUCUACCACCGUUCCUAAGAUGCUAAUGAACCUCCAAACACACAGCAAAGCUAUCUCUUAUACAGGAUGCCUGUCUCAGAUGUCCUUUUUGAUCCUCUUUGGAUGUAUGGAUGGCAUGCUUCUGACUGUCAUGGCCUAUGACCGGUUCAUAGCCAUCUGUCACCCCCUGCACUAUUCAGUCAUCAUGAACCCCAGUCUCUGUUCCCUCUCAGUUCUGAUUUCUUUCUUGGUGAGCCUUUUGGACUCUCAGCUACACAACCUAAUUGCACUACAACUUACCUGCUUCAAGGACGUGGAAGUUUCCAAUUUCUUUUGUGACCCUUCUCACCUUCUUCACCUCGCCUGUUCUGUCACCUUCACCAAUAAUAUGGUUAUAUAUUUUGUUGGUGCCAUCUUUGGCCUUAUUCCAACCUCGGGGAUCCUUUUCUCUUACUAUAAAAUAGUGUCAUCUAUCCUGAGGGUCCCAUCUUCUGGAGGAAGGUCCAAGGCCUUCUCCACUUGUGGCUCUCACCUGUCCGUGGUUUGCUUAUUUUAUGGAACAGCCAUUGGGGUGUACCUUGGAUCAUCCUUGGCACCAUCCCCCAGGAAGGAUAUGAUGGCCUCCAUUAUGUACACAGUGGUUGCUCCCAUGUUGAACCCCUUCAUCUAUAGCCUGAGAAAUAGGGAUAUCAAAAGAUCCCUCUGGAAGCUUCACAGCAGAACAACCUCUCAUUUUAUCUGUCGCACCCUGUACUACCUUGUCAUCAUGAUCCUUCAUCUCUGUGGCCUGCUUCUAUACCGCAGGUCCCAGGGCCUUGAAGAGCAGAUAGCCUUUGGUAAACUGGUGCCUGGGCUGCAAUUUUACAACCGCAGAGCUGAGUGGCAGCGAGGUUGCCUCGUGGACCAGGGCGGGGCCGAGGAGUCAAAAGGACCCCGGAUAGGGUGGCCAGGGGAAGGCGUUUCUAGGGUCCUGAACUUGGCCAAAACCCUGCAGUUCCUGCCUGGCUUUUCCAAGGGCCUCAGAAAGCUAAAGCCUCGUGACUCCUGCAUAAAGAUGGCCUCUCAGGAGCCCCCAGAGUACCACAAAGUGCCGGUGAGGUUACAGGAUCUUUUCUGGCUUCGCCUGAACCUGCAGACACGAAUGAGACUGAAAUGGAAUUCUCCAGCUCGCUCCAGCAGGUUUUUCUCCUCUCUCAGGUUAAGUGCACAAGUCCAGAAUAUUCAGAAUUCGUUUCAGAAGAUUAAUGACAGUGUGGGUCACCUUACUUCAAAGGUAGAAGAGUUGGUACUUCACUUGACAGCUCGUAAAAGGCAACUGGAGGAUGAGGAUCAGGAUCGUCAGUCCAGACUGGUUCCUCAGCCACUUGAUUAUGACAUAGAAGAGGCCCUAGAAGAAUUCAGCUUGUAUGAGCAGCCACUCAGAGAAGUCAAGGCUGGGGACCCGCAGCCAGAAGUCCAGCCCGACGAGAAGCAGCAGCUGGGUCCAUCCUCAGUGUCCGAACAGGAACUGACCCUGCGUUGCUGGGUGGGGAUCCAGCCAGCAUCUUGUCCUCUUCAGGCUCCCCACCCAGCACCCAUAGAGGCAGCACAGAAGGGGGUGGCCAAAACUAAGGGAUUUACCUGCCCUCUCCACCCAUCCACAGGAGCCGCCUUGGAAUUACCAGCAGCUCAUAACGUCCAUGUGAGUUCUCCCCCUGUGGCACCUGGCUUCUGGGCAGGGAAAGCAGCUAAGUAA